AUGUAUGCUGGGUUAGGCCUGUCCUUCAUUAUUCCUAUAGUCCAUGGGAUAUCAAUAUUCGGUUGGGAGACACAGAUGUGGAGGAUGAGUCUUGACUGGAUGGCGUUGAUGACAACAUUCAAUCUAACCGGCGGCGCACUAUAUGCCAUGCGGUCGAUCGUCAUUACCGAAUCCAAAGUUCUACUUGCUUAG